CAAAAUAUCGCGGAGUCCUAGACGCUUUGUCUCACGUUAAAACCAAACCUCUGUCCGCAGUCGAUCAAAUCUCUUAAACCCUAAUUCUUUCUUUGUCUUCUACAACCCAAGUUGUUCUCGCCGACGCAAUUCGUAACCUCAUUCAGCAAGUAAUUAAGCGGGAAAUUUUGAAGCUUUGAUAGAGUAAGACUCGAUAUUAUUCAGUUUCCUAAGAAGCGCAUGGCUCGUUUUCGGAAUAAGAACAAGAAGGCAUUUGUGAAGCCUACUGGGAAGAAGAAGCAGCCUAGUGUAGAUCAUAUUACAGGGGAUAAGAUCCCAAAGAGUUUUGUGUUUUCCCGAGGGAAAUUGCCUGGUCCCCUCAAACAGCUUGAAUUGGACUUAAGAAAGUUGAUGCUUCCAUAUACUGCUCUCAAGCUUAAGGAGAAAAAACGGAAUAAUCUCAAAGACUUCUUGAAUGUUGCUGGACCAAUGGGUGUUACACAUUUCCUCAUACUGUCAAAGACUGAAACUGCUCCCUACUUGAGGGUUGCAAGAACUCCACAGGGCCCUACUCUUGCGUUUAAAAUACACGAGUACUCAUUAGCUGUUGAUGUUGCUCAAUCUCAAUUGCGCCCUAGAUGUCCUCAAGACCUUUUCAAGAAUUCUCCCCUGAUUGUUCUUUCUGGCUUUGGAACUGGGGAUCAACAUUUAAAGCUUACAACUAUCAUGUUUCAGAACAUCUUUCCAGCCAUUGAUGUUAACACCGUCAAGCUUUCUACUUGCCAGAGAAUUGUGUUGCUACAUUACAAUAAAGACACAAAGCUUGUUGAUUUUAGACAUUAUUCAAUCAGACUACAACCUGUAGGUGUUUCCCGUAGACUUAGAAAAUUCGUUCGGAACCAUCAAGUCCCCGAUCUUAGGAGUCUUCAGGAUGUGAGUGAUUUUGUUACUAAGGCUGGUUAUGGGUCAGAAAGUGAGGCUGAUGAUGAAGUAGCAACUGUAACUCUUGCAAGCGAUCUUGGUAGAGUAAAUCGGGCUUCUACAAAGAGUGCUGUCAAGCUUCAGGAGAUUGGACCCAGAAUGACUUUACAGCUCAUGAAGAUUGAGGAAGGAUUGUGUUCUGGUGGAGUGAUCUUUAAUGAAUUUGGACCUGUUGGUGAUAAUAAAAAGCAGGACAAUAAGAAGCCAGAGGAUCAAGAAGAUGCUGAAGAAAGUGAGAGUGAGGACAUCAGUGCAGAUGAGGGAGAGGGAGAGGAAGAGGAAGAUUAGUAACAUUCCAAAUCAUGAGUACCAUGUUUUUUUCAUUGUUAGUCACUACGGAGUUGGUGCUUCGGAAUAUGAAAGGUUACUAUAUGAAGAGAUUUAUUUAUCAAGGAUUUUGGCAGCACUAGCACUAGCACUAGCACUGGUGACCCCGUAAUUUUUAUGCGUUAUGGUUUUAGGGAUGUGUACUUGGGUGCACAUCUGAAGAAAAAUGAUUAUUUAUCAAGGAUUUUGGCUUCACUAGCAUUAGCGAUCCACGUAGUUAUUGUUUUUGUUUAAUUGUUGUAAAAGAUAAGAUUUUUCAAGUUCAGAGAAUGUAAUGUGUAUAGUUUCUUGAUAUGAAUCAUUUGAGUAAUUAUCCAGAAAUCUUUCUUAAAAAGUA